ACAUACUCGGUGUUAUUUUUGAUUUGUAAUAUUUUGGCGCAUUAAUCAAAUAACACACAAUGAAAACAUAAAAAAUAUAUCUUGUAAUGUAGGAACAUCCAUAGUUAAAAGACAACUAAACCGGAUAAACCUACUACCAUAAUGACGGAUUCAAGUUCGUUCACGUCUCUGCUAGCAUUAGUGGACAGUCACCUGUCCAAAACCAGCAUUCAGGGCCCGUCUGAGGGCGCCAGCCACAGCCUCAGUGAUCACAUCCAAAUCCCGCGGCUAGCCGGGCAAGUUGGUGCCCAGUCGGACACCAAACUGACUCCUCCGAACCAGCGCUUCAAUCUACCCACAUUCCAGUUAGGCUCGAGCCCCAUCGACAAUGUCCUCGCUCAACAGUUAUCAAACAUGCUCAAGACCAAAGAGCUUAAACGGCAGCAGGAAGAAGAACAGCAACGGCUCGUUGAAGAAACCCGCCGUCUGAAAUUAGAGGAGGACAAAUGUGUUAUAGAUCUCAUGCAAGCACUGCAGACACCAUACAAGCCUGAACCAAAGAAAGAAGCUAUCAGUACUGCCAGCUCUUUUGAAGACCUCUUCGAACCCAACUUCAUUGAGGAAUGUCCCGAGGAGGUGCAGAUGAAAACCCCCGAGCCUCUUCUCCCUUUAACAACUGACAUGUCAUAUAUGCUUCGGCAGAAAGUAAAAAGAGGGAAAUGUUCGCAAUUUGGUAAAGUGCUUACAUCCCGGUUAAAGCCUGUAGCUGCCCCGUACUUGCAUGAGAUGGUAGAGAGCAAUAUUGUGCGUUUUAAAUUUGACACUCCGUCGCCGUGUGAUUUGAUAAAGGAGAAGCUGCGGAAGCCUACAUCGUACAAUACUUAUAACUUUAAUAUAUUUGAUAUGAUUUAGGGAAGACAGAGGCCGCCCAGGCUUGAGCGGUCUGAACGAUCGGGGAUGAUCUGCAAGCGCAGGCCGGCUCACGUUGUAUCGAGUCGGGUGUGCAGGAACGCUGCAUGUCGCUGCGGCCGCCGCAGGUACUCCCUGUCUCCUUCUAAACCUUAAAGGCCAGUCCUCUAUAGAAAUAAAAGAAAGUUCCAAAUUCAAAAUCGGACAAAUUGGCCUGGGACUUACGAGGUCACCCAAUUAAAUCGACACAGUUACGAAUUUCUUCGCACGUGUAUUAUACGACGUAUUCCAGUACUAUUACUAUUAUAUCGCGGAAAUAACGCCGAAAUUCGGGACUGGUUUUGCUGAAAUACCCUCAUAUUUCAAUACACUACAAGUAUAUGGCCUACUGAAGUUUCGACAUAGCAUAGAUUAAAUAUAAGAAGAUCAUACCAUCCCAUACAUUAAAAUGCGACUGCCUAAGAACGCGCAUACACUACAUCAUAGCACACACAUAAAUGGCGAUACAAGUACUUGUAGAUGGCGUUAAGUGUCACUUUCGAGCCAUAAAUCUAUGUCAAAAGUGACAAUUAACACCAACUACAAGUAUAAUCGAAAGCUCCAAGACAUUUUUUUUUGUAGCGCCAUCUAUGUGUGGUGUACAUAGAUAGCGUCAUGGCGCCAUAAAAAAUGCCUAGUUGCCAUCGAUUAUUUGUAGAUUGGCGUUAAGUGACACUUAACGCCAUCUACAAGUAUAAUCGAAAGCUACAAGACGUUUUGUGGCGCCAUCUAUGUGUGGUGUAGUGUAUGCGCGUUCUUAGGCGGUCGCAUUUUAAUGUAUGGGAUGGUAUGAUCUUAUAUUUAAUCUAUGGCAAUAUCUUGUCCAGUUCCAGAAGAACAGACGGUUACUGUUUCUAUGUUAUUAUAUUAGCUAGGUCCACGUCCAAUGUAGAUGUGACAGAACAUUUGCCGCGCGAGGCAAUUCAAAGUCUGGCUAUUGAUGUACUUUUGAGUAGCAUUUUAGGGGUCCUCUUAGGGCCACUUGCACCAACGAAAAUGGUGGGUUAACCCGAGGGUUAUCCCACCAUUUUAUAUGGAAUUUGACAGUUGGCAGCCCACUAACCCCGAGUUAAGUGGUUGGUGCAAGUGGGCCUUACAAUAUACUAUGUACAGUUAAUAUAUCUGAACAUUAAGGCACGUGCCACCAAAAGCGAGUAAGCUAUGAGCUAUCGGCGGUAGAAACGAACAAAAGAUAAGCACCCCCGUGUAAAUA